UCAACUCAAAACAAAACCUUCUACUUGGCUAAGGAUAACUAAUUGGUUAUUUAGUUUGUGUUGUGUUUUAUAUAAGUUUUCAACUAGCAUUGAAUCAAUAUAAUUUUGAUUUCUUAAAGAUGUUGAAGGAGUUUUAUGAUAAUCUUGACAAUGUACAUAUUCUGAUUCUGCUAGGGUAAUUUAUUUAAACCCUAAUUCGACUAUAUUCUAGGGCUUCCUUGAUAAAAACAACCAAAAUCCUGGGCUUAUUUUGGCUCCUCACUGGUGUAACUGAACAUUUAAGUUAAACCAAUGGCAGCCAUCCGACAUGCGUUACAGCAUGAGGUGUUUCAGCCCUGUGAUGAAAGGCUGUUGGCAUUCGUACAUGUCAGCAAAGCUUUCAAAAAGAAGAAAACUAGUUUCUUAUGUGUGUCAGUGACAAAGGAAACUCCACUUGUGGUCAAUGUUUAUCAGGUAAAGAAGACAGACAAAAAUGUAAUGAAGAAGAAGCGGUCUUGGGGUUUAAACAGUCUCGCCCUUGUGGAUGGCAAGACAGCCUCUCCAGACACGCAUGAGUUUGAUCUGCACUUUGACAAAGUUUACAAAUGGUACGCCAUGAGUUUACAAGAAAGACAAUGCUUCCUCGUUGUUUUGUGGAAGCAAUGUUUAAACUACUCGUUGAAGGAGAGACCGGAGUUUAGAAAUUUACCUAAAGAAUGGAUCAGUGGAGAACUGAGUCCAAACCAAGUAACAACCCAAACUACUACGUUGGGAGGAGUGGAGGAAGGGAUAGAAGGGGAGGGAGAGGACUACCAAGCUCUCACUGAGAAGGAGACGAUGGACCUUGAACAGCUGAUGACCUCUUGUGAAACAGCUGUUAGCAACGCCGAGGCCUUCAUGGACACACUGGCCAGGGAUCUUUCUAUACUGGACGGGGAAAAUGUCCAUAGUGUCUUAGCAUCGGAGAAGCAAGUUUCUCAAUUAAUGAAUCAACUAGAGGUAGCCAUAUCUGAGGUAGAAAAAGUGGAAUCUCAGCUGAAUGGUUAUGACAACAUCCUAUGCCACAUUCGUAACACAAUGGACAAAAUGGAGGAGAAAAACAUGUUGAUUGAAGUUGCCAACCGAAACAACCAGAAAUUGUUGUUUGAACUAGAGAAAGUUAUCUCACAACUGGAGCUGCCCAAGAAAUACCAGGACGCCUUGAUAGAUGCUGAUCUAACUACUAAAGAGGGACUAAGAGAUGCUAUAGCAGCUGGGAAAGCACUGCAGGGGGUGAUGAAUGCAGAGAUCCAUCCAGCGUUGGUGAGGCUAGCAGCUGUUCAAGAGCAGAAGAAACGUUUUGACAAGUGGAAGGGAAAAUUUUCUCAAAUCAUCUCUAGACACCUUAACAAUCUCUUUAUCCAUCUAGGUAACGAUGCUGGGGAGCAGACCGCUAGCCACCUGACACUGCCUAAACACACAGCGCUGCACCGGGAACUCACGGCGUACACGGAGUUGAUGCACUGGUGCAAAGUGAUGGAUCGUAAAGCUUACACGGCACUCACCAAGGUGUACACCAGCUGUCUGGGCAAGAUAUAUGAGAGGGACAUCCGACAAUUCCUAGAGGACGCUAAGACACAGAUAUCCGGCAACACAGGACCAGGAGUGCCUGGUAGGGAGGAGAAGGUGAGGAGUGCCAGCUAUGGACUGCUGGGUGUAGAGAGAGAUCUCUGGGGUCCAGAGUACGACAGCAGUGAGAGGUUGAGGUUUGACCAUGUGUUGGAGAAAGUUCUCUCCCAACUGGAACCUGUCUGUCUGUCCGAACAGAACUUCUGUGUAGCAUUCUUCCAGCUCGAUGUUCUCAGCCCUACCACUAAGAACACACAGACAACUCUGGAUGGAUUGUCGGUUGACACCAGACCUGACUCCACUUCUGUAUCUUUACCUCAGAAAAGGAUAGAGAAGCAAGUGAAUGAUGAGGUCCGCCGCAUGAUGGGAGACAUCUUUGGUUGCAUCGAGCCGGAACUCGUAAACUUCAUAAACUACCACGAGAAACUGGAUAACAUCUACUGCAUGUACGCAUUGGUCAGGUUCAGCCAGCACGUCAUGUCCGCGCAGGACACCGGCUCGUUCCUCAGCAUGACGUUCGGCUCAGUGCUGGUGCAAGUCAAGCGCAACUACGACCGCUACAUGCAGGCACAACUGCGAUCCAUUCAGGAGGCAAAGGUCAACCGCAAGAGCAAAUGUGGCAUACUUCCCUUUGUGGCUAAUUUUGAGGAAUUUGCAAACACGGCAGAAAUGAUCUUCAAAGACACAGAGCGCAGAGCCGACCUAGACAAGUGGUAUAUCAAGUUGGUUUCAGCAAUGUUUGAAGUCAUCCCUGCCAUCGCCAACGACCAUCACAAAACUCCUUCUGAAGUCAUCAAAAUGGAAAACUUCCACCACAUGUUCUCUUUAUUAUCACAACUGAAAAUAGCAGUUCUUGAUCAACAGAAAAAAGACGCAAAACAGAAAUACAAUGAUGCUCUGAAAGCUUAUGUGACUAGGUAUUUCGGACGGCCUCUGGAAAAGUUGAAUCAAUUCUUUGAUGGGGUUCAAGCUAAAGUAGCGCAAGGUGUGAAAGAGUCGGAGAUCAGCUAUCAAAUGGCAUUCAGUAAACCAGAGUUGCGCAAGGUCAUUCGCGAAUACCCCGGCAGAGAAGUGAAGAAAGGAUUAGACCAUCUGUACAAAAAAGUAGAAAAACACCUUUGUGAAGAGGAAAAUCUUCUCCAGGUGGUAUGGAGAGAGAUGCAAGAAGAGUUUAUUAAGCAAUACAAGUACAUUGAAGAUCUAAUACAGAGAUGCUAUCCAGGCUCUAUGAUCACUCUGGACUUUUCCAUUGAAGAAAUUCUUCAGUUCUUCUCAGAAAUUGCUCGGUCCCACUAGGAUUGUGGGUGUUCUGAAUUUAAAAGCUUUAGUAUUCCAACACCUAGGUUAAUUUUAUUGCUACAAAGAAACAGUGAAAUAUAAUUUUAGUUUUGUACAUCUGUGAUCUCAUUAAUUUGAUUGAAGUUCAUCAUUGGUGAUGUGAGUUGAGUUUAUUGAUCCUAUUUUUCAUUGCUAACCAAUGUUUCACAUUUUGCAAUCUGGAAUCUUAGCCCAUUUGUUGUUGGUUAGAUCUUAUCAACUGAGUAUAUAAGUCUCACAUAGUGUUUUAUAUAAAGGUUAAUCAUCUUCAUUUGUUAAGGAAAGUAUAUAAUUUAGUGCAAAGUUACAGUAAGAAAAGAAAACGUCUAGUUUAAUCUGUUUGCUGUUUCCCAAACUUAACCAAAGGCUUUUGCUUUAUCACGUCAGGUUAGUUUUUCAUGCAAAUAAGUACUAAAAGUGCUUUUGUAUUAUUCUAUGUAAAGUUUAAUAGUAGGCCUAUGUAUAUAACCUAAUUCUAUCUUGUUAUUUAGUGUCCCAAUUAAUAACAAAGGAAAAUAUAUUUUUGUAAAUAAUAAACAAAAACAUUAUUUAAAUAUUAA